UGAUUUAAUGGUGACGUUUCGCUGAGGCGACAGGCAGGAAUUUGUAAAUCAUCAGUGGAUUUUAUUUUGGAAAUUGCCGAAAUCAGUUUCUUAUUAGAAGAAGAUUUGUUUUAUUAUGUCGAUAUCAUUUUCAUACGUGUACAAUUUAUGAUAAUCCCAGUUAAGUGAUUGUGAUUCGUCAUCAAUAAAACUCCGUCAUGUCUCUCCUUUUGCUUUGCGUAUUUUCGCUUUGGACGACGACAAAUGCAUUUUAUUUACCCGGCUUAGCUCCUGUAAAUUAUUGCAAAGCAACCGAAGAAAAUGCUAAAUCUUGCAAGAAUGAAAUCCCUCUUUUUGUUAAUAGACUGAACACAGAAGAGUCUGUCAUUCCAUUUGAGUACCACCACUUUGACUUCUGUCUUGCUGAUGAGGCUCAAUCUCCUGUCGAGAAUUUAGGUCAAGUAGUGUUUGGUGAGAGAAUUCGUCCCAGUCCUUACAAGAUUAACUUCCUGAAAGAUGUACGCUGCGCAUCCCCUUGCAGUAAGAUUUACAAGCCUAAUGAUCCUGAAUCGGUGAAGAAACUAAACCUGCUGAAAAUGGGAGCUGCUCUGUACUAUCAGCACCAUUGGAUUUUGGAUAACAUGCCUGUCACUUGGUGCUAUGUGGUGAACGAAGGAGGCAAGACUUUCUGUAGCACUGGCUUCCCUAUGGGAUGCAAAGUUAGUGGAGAUUCGGAUACAUCAUGUGGGCCAAUUGUGUCUCAAAAAGGUGACUUGAAAAAAGGUGAAGACUAUUUUUAUUUGUUCAACCAUGUGGACUUGGAAAUUACUUACCACAGUGGCGAUAAGGAGGAUUGGGGAGUUGACUUCACUAACGGUGGCCGUAUAAUCUCUGCAAAGAUUAAACCUGCCAGCAUUGAUCAUCAGAAAGCAGAAAAAGUUGACUGCAAUUUCCAAACUCCAUUAGUACUUCCGAAGACACUAACAGAAAUGCUGAAUAUAACAUACACUUACAGUGUCACCUUCCACAUGAACAACAGCAUCAAAUGGUCAUCCAGAUGGGACUACAUUCUGGAGUCUAUGCCUCAGACAAACAUACAGUGGUUUUCGAUUUUGAAUUCUCUUGUUAUAGUGCUAUUCCUUAGUGGAAUGGUCGCUAUGAUAUUACUGAGGACACUACAUAAGGACAUCGCAAGAUAUAACCAAAUGGAGUGUGGGGAAGAUGCUCAGGAGGAAUUCGGAUGGAAAUUGGUUCACGGUGACGUGUUCCGCCCCCCUCGCCGCGGCAUGCUGCUAGCUGUGUUCCUAGGCUCUGGCGCUCAGGUGUUCGGCAUGACCCUUGUAACUUUGGCUUUCGCAUGCCUCGGCUUCCUGUCCCCCGCCAACCGCGGAGCCCUGAUGACCUGCGCAUUGGUGGCGUGGGUGCUCCUGGGGGCAGUGGCCGGCUACGUCAGCGCCAGGAUCUACAAGAGCUUCGGAGGCCGCCGGUGGAAGAGCAACAUACUGCUCACAUCUAUGGUUUGCCCUGGUGUUGUUUUUGGCCUGUUCUUCGUAAUGAACUUAGUGUUGUGGGGCAAGGGAUCAUCGGCCGCGAUUCCGUUCUCGACUCUGGUGGCUCUAUUGGCUCUCUGGUUUGGGGUAUCUGUGCCUCUCACGUUCAUCGGUGCUUACUUCGGCUUUAGGAAGAGGAUGCUGGACCACCCGGUGCGCACCAACCAGAUCCCGCGGCAAAUUCCGGAGCAGUCACUGUACACCCAACCAAUCCCGGGCAUCGUGAUGGGCGGCGUGCUGCCCUUCGGCUGCAUCUUCAUACAGCUGUUCUUCAUCCUCAACUCCCUCUGGUCCAGUCAGAUGUACUACAUGUUCGGGUUCCUGUUCCUGGUGUUCCUGAUCCUGGUGAUCACGUGCUCGGAGACCACCAUCCUGCUGUGCUACUUCCACCUCUGUGCUGAAGACUACCACUGGUGGUGGCGCGCCUUCCUCAGUUCGGGUUCGACCGCCGGCUACCUGUUCAUCUACUGCUGCCACUACUUCUUCACCAAACUCAACAUCGAAGGCGCCGCGUCCACUUUCCUCUACUUCGGCUACACCAUCAUCAUGGUCUUCUUAUUCUUCCUCCUGACAGGAACUAUAGGAUUCAUGGCGUGCUUCUGGUUCGUGAGGAAAAUUUAUAGCGUCGUUAAGGUCGAUUAAGAUAGUUUAAGUAGAUGGCGUUGGUGUGGCGGUCUGAUGAGAUGAGUCUCGCUUGAUUGUCUAUUAUUGGCCAUACAUGGCGGCGAGCGAGCGAAGAUUCAUCGUUAUUAUUAAAAUUACGCGUGAGUCAGACUUCGGUGAAUGUGGGCAGAGUCAAUGAAGGUUUUGACUCGACAUAGCUUCCAUUGGGCCAGAAAUAAACGUCUAAAAAUGGGGCGACUAGUAAUGUCAUUAGACGCAAGCCCUUUGUUCUGUAUUAAAAUCCCGCAGAUUUAUCAACGGGCUUUAUAAAUCAUGAUAGUUAGAGCGAUAUUUAGUUUUGAUUUUUGUCUUGUCGGUUGGGAGCUUUGCAUUGUCAGACCCUUUGUGACAUCUGCAUGCAAUGUGAUUGUAUAAACGUUUAUAACUAGUUCGAUAGUCACGUGGAUUUUAGUUGUCUUUUGUUUUCAUAUUUUAUUUGUUAGUCGUUAAUUGUAAAUAAUGUCUUCUCUAUAUCAUUUAAACAAGUAUUUAUUUUGUCUUCGAUUCGUACUUGCAUAAUGAAUUUAGUGAUAGCAAUGUUGCAUACAUUGAGUUAUUUCUCCAAAAGAGAACAGUCCUCAACAUGUUUGGUACUUAACAUAUCCAUGUAGGUUGAAAUUAAAUUAUUAUAAAAUUAAAUUCUUCACCAUUCCAUUGAGACCUUGCUAAUAUAGGUAAAGUGUUUAAAUCUCCAUAAAAUUUUUCCAAGCGCAAAGAUAAAUCACAGUAGCGCUAAUAUAACAACAAAAUUGCGUACAGAUAAAUUCUUCAUUUUAGUUUUAAUAGAUCUAAUUACUACAGUACUGUAUAACUACAUGAACAGUCGGUGUUUUGUAACAUUUAUAUUCUAAAUUAAAACUAUCCGGCGUAUCUUAAAAUGAGGACUGUUAUAUGCGUCCGAGACGAAUUCCUAUAAGAAUAAAUAUUUUACAUUACUACUUAAAAAUAGGAGUUGUGGCGAGUAAAUGUGAACACGCGGUGGUGAAUAAUGCACUUUAAAAAGGUUACUGGCUGAAUCGAUUUUUGUUUCUGUUACUUGGUACACGUAGCGUGCUACGGGAGUCGGGACUUGGCGUGUCUAUGCCUGCGCAAUGGCAUAUAAUUCGACUACUGCGCAGGCAAACCAUAAAUAUAGCUGGUCCCAACUCAUGGCAUUGUGUUAUGGUUUUCAGUAGUUGUCCAGGUAAAUUGAAACAUCUCUACUAGCUGAUUAUUCCAUUCUUUAGCCCGAUGUGCGUUAUUUAGCACCAGGAAGUGCAAUUGUUUUUUUUACGAAAAUAUUAAGAUGUAUACUUACAUAUAAAUUAAUGUCUAUUUGUAAACAUGAUAAAAUAGAUGCAAAAUUGCCUACUAUACGAUAUCUCUAUUUCUUUCAAUGGUCGCACAAGAUUCGAAAACCCGAAUUUAACUAUGUAUCUUAAUUUUUUCAGUAGAGUUGAAAUAUGUAAUUAAGUUCGUAUGUGAUUAUGUCGGGGAUUACAUCGGUGCUCCCUGCAAUGUUUUUAUCGUUUAUAAAUCCUUUUAAGUAAGACACAUGUUUUAAAUUAUUUUUGGUUAAGUUUGCAAAAAUAAUGAAAUUAAAUCGUGCAAAAUAAUUAUUAUUCUUAUCUAAGAUUUCGAAGAGAUUACAAUUGAGAUAUUAUUCAAUUGUUAGAUAGUAUGAACACUACUUUGAUUAGUAAAAUUGUAGUAUGGUAAAAACACUGUAGCACGAACUUCCAGUGAUUCGCGGUUUUAUAAAAACAAAAUUAUGUACCUUUGCAUUUUCUGCAUGCAUAACAUAUACACGAUUUGAAAAAACAGGGUGCAUGGUAUAUUUUUUGUUUAGUUCCUGUUAUUGUUGGUAACCUGAGUUUCGACAGAGUUCACUCUAGAUAUAAAAUUUAAAUUUAUUGUCCCAGUACAUUAUACAAUUUUAUUUAUCGGACGAUGAUUAUGUGCGAGCGAGAUGUUACGUACCAGAAAUUUAAAAUCGUUUGAGAUAGAAAUGAAUUCGCACUGCGACCGAUCUAUACACUUACUUUAUUUUUAGGGACUCUUCCUACCAAAUAAGUAUUUUAAAUAAGCGUGUGCAUAUUAUGCUAUUUUAUUUUAAACUUGAUUACGUUUAAACUAAUUAAUUAUGCUUACUGAACAGUUGAUUGUAAACAAUAAAUUGACUAUUUUAUGAA